GGAACCUCAUCACGGACGUGUCGCAGCACAAGCUGCUGGUGUUCGCGGGGCCCUGCGUGGAGGAGACGGGGGAGCUGAUGCUGCAGACGGGCUGCUUCUCCCUCCGGGAUUUCAUCCAGAUCUUCACGGAUAAAGAGGUCGGGGAGAUCCUGAGCUCUGCAGACCCCUCGGCCAAGGCCAGGCUGACCAUCAGCUGCCCCGACUUCGGGGAGUGGAAGGACUCGGGUUUGGACCAUCACAACCUCCAGGAUUUCAUCGAGCUGCGCUACAACCCGGGCUGCAUCCUGCCCGAGAUGGAGGGGCUGGAGGAGUUCAUGGAGUACCUCUCGGAGUCGCUGGAGCCCCAAUCCCCCUUUGACCUCCUCGAACCCCCCACCAUGGUGGGUUUCCUCAAGCUCUCCAAGCCCUGCUGCUAUAUCUUCCCGGGCGGGAGAGGGGACUCGGCUUUUUUUGCCGUCAACGGUUUCAACGUCUUGGUGAACGGAGGUUCCAACCCUAAAUCCUCCUUCUGGAAGCUGGUCCGGCACCUGGACCGCAUCGACUCCAUCCUGGUGACACACGCGGGCACGGACAGCCUGCCCGGUGUCAACAGCCUCCUCCAGAGGAAACUGGCCGAGCUGGAGGAGGAUCCAUCCCAGAGCUCGCAGGGCAACGGGGACUGGGCCAAGAACCUCAUCUCCCCGGAGCUGGGCGUCGUCUUCCUCAACGUCUCCGAGAAGCUGAAGGACAUCGAAGGGAACUCUCGGGUGCUGAAGAGCUGCGACGAGGCUGCCCUCACCCUGCACUACCUGGAGAAGCUGGGCAUCCGUCCCAACCCGCUGGCCCGGGACAACGGACCCCGCGCGGAGCCCACCGUCCUCUUCCAGAAGAUGGGAGUGGGCCGGUUGGACAUGUACAUCCUCAACCCCGUGAAGGGCACCAAGGAGCUGGACUUUCUCCUGCAGCAAUGGUCUGGCAACAGGUACCCCAAGGAGCAGGACUUGCCCCUGCAGUGCCUGACCUCCAUCUGUGCCCUGCUGGUCUGGCACCCCGUCAGCCCCUCCGAGAAGAUCAUCCGGGUCCUCUUCCCCGGCUGCACCCCCCAGAGCCGCAUCCUGGAGGGCCUGGAGAAGGUGAAGCACCUGGAGUUCCUCAAGCAUCCCGUGGUCACCAAGAACGACUUGAAGGGGUCGUCGGUGCCCCAAGCUGAGAAGCCCCUCAAGCAGAAGAGGGCAGAGAGCAAGGAGAGCCUGAAGUCAGGUUCCAAGCUCAGCUUGGUGGACGCUGGGGCACCGGCGCCGAAGGAGAAGACUCCAUCAAAGGUGGAGAGGAAGGAGGUGAAGGCAGGGACCAAGGAGAAGCCAAAACCCCUGGGGGAGACAGCCAAAGUGGGGUCAGAAGAGGAGAAAGCCAAGGAUGCUCGGGCCAAGCUGGACUCUUCGAUGGAGAAGCUGAAGGUGGAUGCGAAGCCGAAGGUGAACAAGGAGAAGGUGGUGCCCAAGAAGGAGCCCGUCCCCCGGAAAGAGGAGAAGAAGCUGCCAAAGAAGGACGAGGGGGCCGAGGCGAAGGGGGAGGCCAAGAAGGAGGUGAAGGUGGUGAAGAAGGAGGUGAAGGCUGAGACGCUGCGGAAGGACUCCAAGGAGAGCAAGGUGGAGGCCAAGGCUCCUGCCAAGACCUCGGCCCGGAAAACGCCGGUCCCGGAGCCCCGCAAAGCCCUGGCCAAGGCCGGCAGCAUCAAGAAACCCCCCCUCAAGAAGGAGCCGGAGAAACCCAAGGCCAAAACCCCCCGGGAGGCGGGUGGGAGGAAGGAGCCAGGGACAUCAGAUGGCUCCAAGUCCUCCUCCCCCGAGGACAUGCUGCCGGAGGCCGAGCGGGGCCGGGGGGGCGCCUCGCCGGGGGCCGGCGGGAGGAGGAGGAAGGAGGAAUCGACGGACGAAGGCAUCACCACGGCCGAGAGCGAGCUGGAGCCCUCUCCUCUGGAGAACGGGCGGGCUGGGGGGGCGGGGGACACAUCCUGCCUGGAGAACGGGCUGGAGGACCCCGAGAGCCCCCAGCGUGUCCGUUACCUGGAGAACAGCCCUUUGAGAGCCGUCUGCCCCCCCUCGCCCUUGGCCAAGACCCCCAAGAGUGACCGCAGCGUCAACUUCGACCUGACCCCCACCGGGGUGCUCAACCACGGCCCCGAGGGUGCUGAGGACGCCUGUGGCAGCUCCGAGGAGAAGACCUUGGAGAUGAUGUCUCCAGCCAGCUCGGGGCCGGCCAGCGCCGGGCACACUCCCUUCCACCAGUCCCCAGUGGACAACGGCAUGGAGGAACCGGGCACCAACCGACAGCCCAACUCCUGGCCACCAACCGGGGGCAAGGCCUCGCAGGACGGGUCCAGCUCCUCGCAGGAGAAGCAGGCGGGCUGCCUCUCCCUCAGCCCCUUCAAGGAUGAUGUCCCCGAUGUGUCCCCCACCAUCACCACCCCCUCGCUGCCGGCCGAGGUGGGUUCUCCACACUCCACCGAGGUGGACGAGUCGCUCUCGGUCUCCUUCGAGCAGGUCCUGCCACCCGUCAGCGAGUCCCCACCGGAGGAGGGCAGGCGGUCCCGGGGGACGACCGGGGGGACUCCGGAGCCGGAGGCCACCAAGGGUGGGUUGUCGUUGCCGCUGCGGCCGUGCCACCACGCGCCGCGGGCCGACGGUGACGCCGUGACACGGCCCGGCCGCCGCUCCGACUCGCCCCACGACGUGGACCUCUGCUUGGUGUCACCCUGCGAGUUCGAGCACCCCAAAUCGGAGCGGUCCCCCUCGGCCGCCGCCAGCCCCCGGGACCUGUCGGACAGUGACCCAUCAUCCCAGGAGCUGGUGCGGGGCCGGCCCCGCCAACCGGCGGGCGAGACCCCCCCCACCUCCGUCAGCGAGUCGCUGCCCACCCUCUCCGACUCCGACGUCCCUCCGGCCACCGAGGACUGUCCCUCCAUCCUGGCCGACGGGAUGGAGUCGGACGAGGACUCAGAGCAGCCCACCCGUGCCAUGGCCAGAGCCCGCGACCCCUUGCCGGCCCCCAUGAAGGACCCCCACCCCAUCCCUGCCCAGCCUGGCAUCUGCAUGGUGGACCCCGAGGCUCUGCCGACGGAGCCGACCCGCUCUGGCAAGAAGGAGCCCACCACCAAGGUGAAGAGGACCCUGUCCCGCGCGGGCACGGCACCCACCAAGGCUGAACCCCCCCGGAACCCCACUUUGACCCCCAAAGGCAGGGGAACCACCAGCUCGGCUGGGGACAAGGCCAGGUUGCCCCCCGGGGACAAGAAAGGCCCCUCCGUUGGGGACACCCGUGGCCCAGGGACCACCCGUGGCGCUGGAGCCCGGCCACCGACGGGAGCUGGUCGGGCAUCACCGGCAGCAGGCACGAAGGCUGCGGCCCCCCCGGGCCCCCCCGUCUACGUGGACCUGGCGUAUCUUCCCGGUUCCUGGAGCGCCCGGACGGUGGACGAGGAGUUUUUCCGCCGCGUCCGUUCCCUCUGCUACGUGGUGAGCGGCGACGACCACCUGAAGGAGGGUGUCCUGAGGGCCCUCCUCGACGCCCUCCUCGCUGGCAAGCACCAGUGGGGCACCGACAUCCAGGUGACUUUGAUCCCCACCUUCGACUCGCUGGUGAUGCACGAGUGGUACCAGGAGACCCACGACCGGCAGCAGGAGCUGGGCAUCACCGUGCUGGGCAGCAACAGCACCGUGGCCAUGCAGGAUGAGACCUUCCCCGCCUGCAAGGUGGAGUUCUGAGGGGGGUGUGGGCUUCGUCCCCACCAUCCUCCUCCUCACCAUCCUCCUCCUCCUCUUUGAGCCCCCCCCUUUUCCCUCCUCUGCACCCAUUAACUCGGGGCUGCACCAACCCCCAGCUGCUGGGGCUUGGAGGGGGA